CAGGAAGUCACGUGAUCGAAUUAUCUUGUUUCAAGGGCAACUUGUCGAAGUGGUUGCAAGAGCUACACGUGUAGUUAGGUAGCUACAGUUUAAUUUCUUAAAGUUUUAAUAUUAGCUAUUACAAUUAGUUAUGGACGGAUUUGGUUCCGACUUUUCAUCAGGUGCUGGGUCCGGUAAAAUGGACACCGGGACAAUCAUGGAGCAAGUGAAGGUCCAGAUUGCGGUGGCUAAUGCGCAAGAGCUCUUGCAGAGGAUGACAGACAAAUGCUUCAAGAAAUGCAUAGGCAAACCAGGAGGCACGUUAGAUAACUCUGAACAGAAAUGCAUCGCUAUGUGCAUGGAUCGAUAUAUGGAUGCAUGGAAUACUGUGUCCCGUGCCUACAAUUCCAGACUACAGAGGGAAAGGGCUCGUAUAUGAACAUUAUCCUACUCUGUCAGCCACACCUUAUCAAAGCCCAAACAUAUGGCAGGGAAGGUGUUAACUGUAGUGGCUGAGGCUGGCACGAUGCCACACAAACUUCUGUGACAACACCUCACGUACAGGUUUGGUUUGCCGACCUUGUGAACAGCAGCCAUACUUGUGGACAUUCUCCUUUCACUAAAGGAUAGUUUAACAAAUGGAUCUCUUCUAUAAUGUUUAUUUUUAUUACAAGAGUCAUGAAUUCAUUUUCAUGAAAAAAGAUUUUCUGCAAUUAUGUCACUUUUCAAUCACUCUCUAAACUAGUCUACUCUCUGUAACCGUCCCCUUAAAUUCAGUGCCAGGUACCCAAUUCUUCAGUUUGUCACAGGCCAUGGCUAUGUGUUUGUGUGGGUGAAACAGUUCCCUGAAGAGGUUAGGUAAGGUUUAUUUUACCACCACUUUCAUCUGUAAACCUAGUUUCUCUCAUGGGGAAGAAUUGAGGAACACGUUUUUGUUUUCAUAACUGUGAACCCGGCCAAGCCAAAGAAUCCUAUAUCAGAAUACGUGUUGAGAACAAAACAGUAUUGUCAAGACUUUCGUUCCAGUUGUCACUCUAUCUGCCCACCACAGUAGUGGGUCUGUUUUAACAAGGUCUGCUGUGGUGCAGACUUUGUGUUGAACCCAGCUGGCUUUGUGUGCUUGGUUUGUCAGAUUUCUGGGAACAGCUCCACUUCAUUCAGCCCUUUGACUUGUGUAGAGAAGUAAAAAAAGAAAUGGCCUGUGAAUGCUGAAUGGUGGGUGCUGCUCAGAGGACUGAGGUGUUUGUGACUGACUGGAAUAGCCUUUUUCACUUGUCAGAAAUAAAUAAAUCCAGAUUAAAUUUUGUCAAAUUGCUGUUUUUGUCCUUUGAAAAUGAAUAAAUGUUCUGUUGCUUGAGGAA